UGCUGGAGGGGGCCGGGAAGAGGCAGAAGGCCUGGCCAGAGGCAGCUGCCGGGAAGAGUAGGAGACCAGAGGCCAGGAAAGGAGGUGACCAAGGCGCCGCCAUGUGGCAGCUGCUGCUCCCGCUGGCCCUGUGGCUGGGCGCGGCAGGCUGGGGCCGGGCAGAGCUCACCGACCCCCAGCGCCGGGGCCUGCAGGUGGCCCUGGAGGAAUUCCACAAGCACAACUCAGUGCAGUGGGCCUUCCGGGAGACCGGCGUGGACAAGGCCACGGACACACCCUCCCCAGCGGGGACCUUCGUGAGGCUGGAGUUCCAGCUCCAGCAGACGAGCUGCCGCAGGAAGGACUGGAAGAAGGCCGAGUGCAAGCUGAAGCCCAAUGGGGUGAGUGCAUCCGCUGCCCGGCAGGAGCCGGGGGAGCGCCCGGAGGCCUGCAGGCGGGUGCAGCAGACCGGCGAGGACUCCCACAGCUACUACUUCCCUGGACAAUUCGCCUUCUUCAAGGCGCUGCCCCCCAGCUGAGCCCGACAGAGACCCUCCCGCGAAGGCGGCGCCGAGCAAGCAGCCGCUGCACCUGAGGGCCGCCCCCGCCCGCGCAAUAAAGUCCGCUC